UAAACAAAUUUAUAUUGCAAAAUGUAAGUCAAGGUAAAUUUUGCAAUGAGUGUACUGGACCGCUGGUUGCGCUCCCUCUCUUUCUAGGGUUUAAUGGCAGCUUUGAAAAGCCCUAGACUCUGUUAGAGUUUCACUUCUGCUUGCUCUCUAUUUCUCUCUUGGGUUUAUUUCUAGGGUUUAAUGGCAGCUUUGAAAAGCCCUAGACUCUGUUAGAGUUUCACUACUGCUUUCUCUCUAUUUCUCUUUUGGGUUUAUUUCUAGGGUUUAACAAUGUCGGACAACUUAUCUAACGAACUGAUGAUGGAAAUUCUGGCAAGACUACCGGUGAGAACUCUUCUGCAAAUCAGGUGCGUCUGCAAAUCUUGGUGUUCUCUCAUCAGUAGCGAUAAUUUCACGACCUUUUGCCUCAAUCGCACAACCCAUUUGAACAAAAUCAACAACACUCACCUACUUCUCAUUAGGCACUUCACUGAAGAUGAUGAGAAACAGGAACGUUUUUCCUUGUAUCUCGAUAACGAAUCACUCACUGAGCACCAUAUGAAUCUCGAAAGUCGUCCAAUCGCACGAAUGUGCGCCUAUUUCGACAUUAUUGGUUCUUGCAAUGGCUUGGUAUGCCUCAUAGAUUGCAUCAUGAUUCACACUGAUCUUGUAUAUCUGUGGAACCCUACUAUUAGGAAAUUAGUGGUACUCCCUGAGCCUCGCAUUACCUUCCAUUCACACGGUCCUUAUCAUCGUGCUCUCGGAUUCGGAUUUGAUUCUGCAACUAAUGACUAUAAGGUGGUUAGAAUUGCUUAUUUUCGUGGUGGUCCUGAGGUUGACAUUUACUCCCUCAAGGAGGGCGGUUGGAGACAGAUUAGUCCUGCUGGUCACAUACCUGAAAUGCAAUUUGAUGCACCUAAUGCUUGUUUCCAUGGAGCUAUCCAUUGGCUAUACAGAGCGGGUAAUUGUGUCCCGUACAUCUUGUCAUUCAAUUUGGGUAGUGAGGUAUUCUCCUUGAUGGAGCUGCCAAUGAGUCUAGGUCAGAGACGGGUACAAGUUCGAAUGCUGUCUGUUGGAGUGUUUCAAGACUCACUUUGUGUGUUUUUCAAUGAUUGUUGGGAGGGCAAAGCGUCAAUAUGGGUGAUGAAACAAUACGGGGUUGUGGAGUCGUGGACCAAUGUUUUCAGCCGCGAUUCGAAGAGAGGAGGUUCUGUGAGAGUUCUUGGCUUGAGGAGGAAUGGUGAAGUUCUUUUGACAAAAGAUAAGGAGAUGUUUUCAGUUGACACAGAAGCUCAUAAAUUCAAGUCUCUUGUGAUGCGUGGAGAUGGUAGAGAUGCGGAAUUGUGGGUCAAUACUUACAUAGAGAGCUUAGCCUUAAUCGAUAAAGUAAAUGGAAGCUUUGGGGAGCAAGCAUUGUCUUCUCAAUUGGUGCAGGCACUUUAAGAAGCAAGAAACAAUCUAAACAGAAGGCAAGAUAUUGUUCCCAAUUAUCCUUCACUGUUUUUGAGCUUACCUUCAGUAUUCCUAUUAGGCUAUUACUAUUACUAGUAUGUUAAUAUCAGUCUUGCAUUAAAAAUAAAAAAUAAAAAAAUAAAAAAAAAAUAAAAAAAAAAACCUCUUUUAAUUGAUAGUUUAAUGAUACUGCUGAGCCUUUGUGGUCAUGAUCAAUAUAUAUUUUGUGGUGAUGUAUAUCUACAACAAGUAAAGAGUGGGGUUUUAGUUCUCUUGGUGUACUAUAAUAGCUGUAGUUGUGAAUUGGAUCUUAUUUGUCACCUCAUUUGGUUUCACUGCUAGUUUUAAUAUCACAAGUAUAUUGGACAGGGAUGCAGAUAACACUUUCUUUA